AUGAGACGUCUGCUGAGCUGGGGCAUGAAUGCCCCUAAAGUAAUCCGGACUACACUGCUGGCCGUCGCCCCUCUUAAGUUAAAAAACACAUCUCUUCUGCUGUGCACCUCUACUUUCCAGGGAGACAGCAUUUGUAAUGGGACACACAGCAAAACGGCGCUGCUGUCAGAUCCACAGCUGUUUGAAGACCAGUUUCAGGAGCUGGUGAAGGAGCUUUCAGAGGGGGACCUCACCGAUCCUGCGCUGGCUGAUGCUCUGAGCAGGCUGAGAGAGGUUUUGGUUUACAAUUCCCCUGGAGGCAAGAGGAACAGAGGCCUGUCUGUGAUUGGCUCACUGAGGGAACUUCUCCCUCCCAGUCAGCUCACACAGGACACAGUGCAGCGGGCUCUGUUGGUUGGUUGGUGCGUUGAGUUGCUUCAGGCGUUUUUUCUCGUAGCGGAUGAUAUCAUGGAUGCAUCUGUGACUCGGAGAGGACAGCCCUGCUGGUACAAGAAGGAUGGAAUAGGUCUGAAUGCCAUCAAUGAUUCGUUUCUCUUGGAAGGGUCAAUCUACAGACUGCUUCGCAGACAUUGCAGGGAUCAGCCCUACUACGUCCACCUUCUGGAGCUUUUUACUGAGACAUCUUUCCAGACGGAGCUCGGCCAAGCUCUGGACCUUAUGACAUCUCCCCCGGGUCAGAUUGACCUCAGUAGAUUCACCAUGGAGAGGUAUAAAGCUAUUGUGAAAUACAAGACUGCCUUUUACUCUUUUUACCUCCCGGUGGCAGCUGCAAUGUACAUGGCAGGAAUCAAAAGCGAAGAGGAACACAAUAAUGCCAAACACAUCUUACUUGAGAUGGGAGAGUUCUUUCAAAUACAAGAUGACUACUUAGACUGUUACGGAGACCCUGCUGUGACAGGAAAGAUUGGUACAGACAUCCAGGAUAACAAAUGCAGCUGGCUGGUAGUGAAGGCUUUGGAAAUUAUGACUCCUGAGCAGAGAGCAGAGCUGGAGGCAUGUUACGCACACCAUGAUGAUGCUAGUGUGGAAAAGGUCAAAGCACUGUACAACACCCUUCAAAUGCCCACACUGUACCAAAGAUAUGAAGAAGAGAGCUACCAGCGGCUACAGAAACUCAUCACUUGUCACGCUCAAAACCUUCCUCACUCAGUCUUCCUCAACUUUGCCAAGAAAAUCUACAAGAGGAAUAAGUGAGAGGGAACAUCAGCCUGGUUCCCUUUUGACUUUUAUCGUGAACCCAAGAUCAACUCCUCUCCCUUUUUUAUUUAUUUUUUUUAAUAGCGGGUUUGCCAGCAGCAAGCCUGUGACACCCAACAGCAUGACCUCGAACAGGACUGUGAUAUUUAGAAAUCAGUUUUCUUAAUUUUGAAAUGAUUUAUAGAUAUUUGGUUGUGCAUGUCAUCAAACAGCCUGUUAUCUAUUUAUUGAACCCAGUGCAUAAUGUACACUUCCUCAGUACAUGCCUGCCAUAUGCCUGACAUUUCUCUAUCGGAGAAUGCCAUUGAUAUGAGAACGACACUGAAAUCAGUCACACGUGGUUUGGUCUAGAUUUCAUAUUUGUCUGCCCUGAGGAAUGCACGGCAGGGUGAAGGUACAAAUCAAAUCAGAUAGUCACAGUUUUGAUUUUGUAAGAAUAGAUGUAGAAAUUGAUUAGGGACUAAAGGGGGACAGCAUAUAUAACAGUAGAUGUACCCUGAUUGAUGACAUACUGUUAAACCUGGUCAGCCCUCUAAUUCCAUAUAAUUUUAUAUUGAUGCUAUCAAGUCUGUACUGGCCUGAAUGUUAUUGCUUUUAAUAAAUAAUUUAUGACCAGU